UGGCUGCGAGGAGAGCAAAGCGGGGCCGGCGGGGCUCCAAUUCUCCAGCCUGGCAGAGGCGAGCCUCCUUCGCUUCGCUUCGCCCCUCCUCUCCUCUCCUCUCGCCUGCCUCCCCCCCCCUUCUCCAGCGGCCGCGGCUCCCUCGCCUGCCCGCCCGCCCUCCUUGCGCGCAACUUUCCCCGGUGCGCCCCGUCGGGGCCAGGCGAGAGGCGCGCCGCGCUCCUUCGCGCCCGGCUCGGCCUUGGCGGCACGGGAUGCCAAGAUGCCCUCGCGGGGGCUGGCCGUGCUAUGGGUGCUGGCGCUGGGGUGGCCGGGUGCCGCUGCUGGCACCGGUGCCGCCGCCUCUUCCUCCUCCUCCUCGGCGGGCCCCUCGGAGCGGACGGCGCUGGCGCGGGAGCGCUUCAAGGUGGUCUUCGCCCCCCUCAUCUGCAAGCGGACGUGCCUGAAGGGCCAGUGCCGCGACAGCUGCAAGCCGGGGAGCAACAUGACCCUCAUCGGCGAGAACGGGCACUCCAUGGACACCCUCACGGGCUCCGGCUUCCGCGUGGUGGUUUGCCCUCUUCCCUGCAUGAACGGCGGGCAGUGUACAUCUGGGAACCAUUGCUUGUGCCCUCCCGAGUUCACUGGGCGAUUCUGCCAAGUACCUGCCGGCCGUCAGAGCCGAGGCCAGCAGGUCCGAGUCCUCCCUGAGGGCCUCCCCAUGGAGACGGGCUCCAGCAAACACGCCAUCUAUGCGGUCCAGCUCAUCUCGGAUGGCCACAGCGAUGCUCCCUCUGGGCCUGGAUCAAAAGGCACCGUCAGCCACUCCACCUUCAUGGUGCCUCUGGGCCCUGGGCAGCAUUCAUCCGAAGUUCAGGUGCACCAGCCGCUGGUCAACGUUCGUGUGCAUCACCCCCCGGACGCCUCAGUGCAAGUCCACCGGAUUGACAGCCUCAGCUCGGAGGGGGGCGGGCCAGGCAGCCAGCAACACCUGAUCCAGCACCCGGCCCCCAAGCCCGCAUAUACAAGGCCCCCCACCCAGAAGCCCCUUGGACGGUGCUUUCAGGAGACAAUGCCAAAACAGUCGUGCGGAAGUAACCCUCUUCCGGGCCUGACCAAGCAAGAAGAUUGUUGUGGCAGCAUCGGCACCUCCUGGGGGCAGAACAAAUGUCACAAGUGCCCCCACUUGCAGUACUUGGGAGUGCAGAAGACAGUGGGGAGCGACUGCCCGCAAGGAUACAAGCGACUGAACAGCAGCCAUUGCCAGGACAUCAACGAAUGCACCAUGCAAGGAGUGUGCCAGGGGGGCGAGUGUCUGAACACGCAAGGAAGCUUCCGCUGCGCAUGCAAGCCAGGGCACAUCUUGGGGCCCUCACGGACCCAUUGCGUGCCGGAGAAAGCUGGGGAGAAGAGUUUGUGUUUCCGGCUGGUGAGCCCCGAACACCAGUGCCAGCACCCGCUGUCCACCAAGCUCACCCGCCAGACCUGCUGCUGCAGCGUGGGCAAGGCUUGGGGGGCCCGUUGUGAGCGCUGCCCAGCUGACGGAACUGCUUCUUUCAGAGAGAUCUGCCCCGCAGGAAAAGGCUACCAUAUCCUGACCUCGCACCAGACUCUGACGAUCCAAGGGGAGAGUGACUUCACACUCCAGAUCCAUCCGGACGGCACCACUGACUUGCAGCAGCAGCAGCACGUGGAACUGCCCACCCGGCCACCCGUGGGCAGCGACUCUCAGGAGCCGGAAGCCCUAACUCCAGCUAUGUUGCCCAGCUAUGUGACGACCUCAGAGGAACAGAUGGUCUUCUACGUCAACACCCCCACCUUGGGUCCCCGUUACCCAGCCGUGAUCCCCAAGCCCACAACCGCAAUCAUUGUGAGGUACCCUGACGAGGAUAAGAAUGUGAGUGAAUUUGACAUGCCCCCCACACAGGUGACAGAGACGGACAUUUGCAAACUGAACCGCAACAUUUGCGGCCACGGGGAAUGCAUCCCUGCAACUCCCGGCUUCACCUGUCAUUGUUAUCAAGGAUACCGCAGGCAUCCUCAGCACAGGUAUUGCGUAGAUGUGAACGAGUGUGAGUCAGAGCCUUGCGGCAGUGGCAAAGGGGUCUGCAUGAACACGGGUGGCUCCUACAACUGCCACUGCAACCGUGGCUACCAGCUGAAGGUCCACAAGGGCGUGCCGUCCUGCAUGGAUAUUGACGAAUGUGCCAAGCCCAAAGUCUGCGGGGAUGGGGGCUCCUGUAUUAAUUUCCCGGGCCACUACAAGUGUGAUUGCCGCGUGGGCUACCGGCUUAAGCCCUCCCGCCAGCCCCUCUGUGAAGAUAUUGAUGAGUGCCUUGACCCUGGGACUUGCCUGGAUGGGAGGUGUGAAAACCGACCCGGCAGCUACAAAUGCAUCCCCUGCCAGCUGGGUUUCCGGGGCCAAAAUGGCGCGUGUUAUGAUGUGGACGAGUGCUCCGAGGAUGCCGUCUGCAAGCACGGCUGGUGCGAGAACGUGGCUGGUUCCUUCCGCUGCACCUGUGGUGAUGGAUUUGUGCCUGCCCCUGAUUCCCACAGCUGUCUUGAUGUCAACGAGUGUGAGAAUGGGUCUCUCUGUGCCCAUGGGGUGUGUGUGAACACCCUGGGGUCCUUCAAGUGCCAGUGCCCAGCCGGUUUCCAGGCAGUGAAGGACGGGCCACGCUGCGAAGACGUGAAUGAGUGUGACUUCCCAGCAGCCUGCGUGGGGGGCGAGUGCCUGAACACGGUGGGCUCCUACCAGUGCCUGUGCCGGGCAGGCUAUCAGCUGGAGAGUGGUCGGAAGUGCCAAGAUAUCGACGAGUGUGCGAAAGACCUUGACCUUUGCCAGCCGCACGGGACAUGCGAAAACACUGAUGGCUCCUUUUUGUGCACCUGUGAUGAAGGAUUUACUCCUUCCGAAGACCGACAGAGCUGUGAGGAGCUGCCCCACAACAAAAAAGAGUGCUACCUGAACUUUGAUGACACUGUCUUCUGCGACAGCGUCCUCGCCACCAAUAUUACCCGCCAGGAGUGCUGUUGCUCCCUUGGGGCAGGCUGGGGGGACCACUGUGAAAUCUAUCCUUGUCCUGUACUCAAUUCUAUUGAGUUCCAAACUCUCUGCCCUGAUGGAAAAGGCUUCAUUCUGGAUGACACCAUCCUCAACUACGGCAUCCCGGCGCAUCGUGACAUCGAUGAAUGUGCCUUAUUUGGGGAAGAGAUCUGCAAAGAAGGGAAGUGCAUCAACACCCAGCCUGGCUAUGAGUGUUACUGCAAGCAAGGCUUCUACUACGACGCGAACCUCUUGGAGUGUGUCGACGUGGAUGAGUGUCUGGACGAGUCGAACUGUGUGAAUGGGCGUUGUGAAAACACCCGCGGCAGCUUCCGCUGCACCUGCCCUGCCUCCACCUCGUAUGACCCCACCCGUAAGAAGUGCAUAGUGGCCAGUGAAAUUGAUAUCGAUGAAUGUCAGGAUCCCGGGGUCUGCAAACUUGGGCGCUGCACCAACACUGUUGGCUCUUUCUCCUGCGAAUGUCACCUUCCCUUGACCUUGGACCCCAGUGGCAAGGAGUGCCAGCUUCCAGAGACCCAGGCAGACAGGGCAACGGACCGUCGUGACGUCUGCUGGCAGCAGCGAGGCGAGGACGGGAUGUGUUCCUCUCCUUUCAAUGGGCAGCAGCUGAGCUUCGAGGAGUGCUGUUGCCGCUACGGCAAAGGGUGGGGGUACCAGUGCCACGCCUGCCCGCCACGCGGCCCAGGCCUGAACUGCCAGUCGGCUCCAAGCGAGAGCAACUCAUUUUGGGACUUCAGUGCUUUGUAUGGCAAAGUGCACAAAGACACUGACAGCUCGGAAGAAGAUUCCGAUGAAUGCCGCUGUGUGAACGGCCACUGCGUCCGCACCCAGCAGGGCUUGGUCUGCGAGUGUCCCCCGGGCUUCCAGCUUGAUGCCAGCCACACCCGCUGCCUGGAUAUUGAUGAGUGCCUAGAGCUGAACCACCGAGGGCGUCUGUGUAAGACCGAACGCUGCGUGAACACCAGCGGCUCCUACCGUUGCACCUGCAAGUUGGGCUAUUUGCGUUCCCGACCCCAUGGAAUCUGCAUCCCCCAGCGCCAGCGGUAGCCUGGAGCACCCACCACUGGAUGAGUGGGCGGAGGGUAUAAGGGAGAAUGGGGGCAUACAGAGGCCAACUUCCUCACUCCUGCCCUGACCAUGGUAGCCUUCUAUGGCUGUCCGCUGUCGGAAACUGAAUACUGGGCUAGGAGGACAUUUUUUUUAUUUGGAACCAGCAAGGCAGUGCUUAUGUUCUUAAGGACUCGUUUUGUACCAGCUAUGAUGAAGGGGCAUUGACUGAUGUUUGUUAUAGAUUUGCUACGUGUCCCCAUUUUAUGCUUCCUAACCUACCAGAUAUUUAUCGUUAGGGUGAAAACCUGCAGUUGGUUUGCACUUGUUUCUGUAGGCUUCGGAAAUAAAACUUUUUGUACAUAAUAGACAGUGGGGG